AGAAAGUCGUAUAAAAACACGUGAUGUUGCCAUUAUAACCAAAAUAAGUUUGUUUUGAAAAGAACGCAUUCAUAGACUAGAAUUGUCGAAAUGAAAUUGAAUAUGGCGGACAAAAAUAACAAGGGCGCUAAAAGAUUAUUUUCGUUAUUCAGUAAAAUUUCAAUUCAGUGAUUGAUAAACCUUUAUCAUUAGAUGUUAUAAACACUAUACAAUACAUGUAGAAAGUAAAAUUACAAUCAAAAAUGUCAGCAAUAAAGGUGAACUUCGAAAUUGGACACGAAGCUUCAAUGAAAUCGAAGAAAACCCCCGAAGGUUUCACUCAUGAUUGGGAAGUAUUCGUUCGCGGUCAGGAAGGUGCUGAUAUAAGUCACUUUGUUGACAAAGUAGUUUUCCUUCUACACGAAACCUUCCCGAAACCAAGACGAGUGGUCAAAGAGCCACCGUUUUCAAUCAAGGAGUCAGGGUAUGCAGGCUUCGUGUUUCCAAUAGAAAUUUAUUUAAAGAAUAAAGAUGAACCUAAGAAAAUAAAAUUUAGUUAUGAUCUUACCCUACAACAAAGUGCAUUUUUGAGAGAUAGAUAUAUAUUCGAAAACCCAAAUGACGACUUUCGAAGAAAAUUGUUAAAGGGAGGUGGAAUCAUAAUGAGCAAUAAUACAUACUAUACUAAUCCCGACCAAGAAACUAAAAGCAGAGAUUCAUUUACUGAUGAAAAACCACAACUUGUCAGCAAGCCUAAACUAUCAUCAGACAAUGGUAAAAAGCAUAAAGUUAAAGAAUACAAAGAUGAACAGCCACACAGAACAAGCAGUUUUGAGAAUUUAUUUGGACCACCUAUCCAGAAGCCACCUAAAAUAUCUCCGGAGCCUAAGAAAGUGGAAAAAAUUGCUGCUCCUGUUAAGUCAGAUAAAAAAGAUAAAGAAAGAUCUAGUUCAGAUAAAAAAUCGAAACAUGAGCACAAGGAACCCAAACCUGAUAAAGCAAAAGUGAAAGAGGAAAAAGAUAAACAGAAGUCAGAGAAAGUAAAAAAUCAUAACAAGGAAUUGGAGAGGGCCAAAGAAAAAGCUAGUAAAAGACAAAAUGAAAGACCACCAUCUCCAGAAAUAAUUAAAAAACGGUGUUUUAGUCCGAACAGAAAACUUCCAAGUCCCUUGCCAAGAGCUAGCAGUGCCUCAAGUAUCAAGGAAGAGCAUAAAGCCUCAAAGCAUAGCUCUGAAAGCUUUGAGCAGAAGAAACCAAAAAUAGAUGAAAGAAUACCAGAGAUAAAAGUAGAGAAAGAUUCCAAGGAGAAAAAGAAAAAGGAAAAAAAAAGCCAUGACAGGGAUAAAGAAAGAAAAGAGAAAAAAGAUCACAAAAAAGAAAGUCAUAAGACAAAAGAUUCUCCUAAAGAGCUAAAAGAAUUGCCAAAAGAAGUUCCUAAACCAAGAGAGAUUGUUAAAGAAAAGGAAUCAAUGAAAGAUUCCCCAAUUAAAGAAAAACAAGUAAAACCUGAUAAACCAGUAAACAAAUUUUCAAUAGAAAAUCUUAGAAAGACUCCACCUCCAGAAAACGUGGAACGUCAUGAGGGCCACAAAUCAAAAGAUAAGGGUGACUCAGAAAGAAAACAUAAGCACAAGAAAAAAGAUAAGAAACGGGAUGAGUCAAAAGAAAAGCACAAAGAAUCUAAUAAAGAGAAAAAGCAUAAACAUGAGAAGAUUCGCGAAAUACAACCAGAUAAACCUGAGAUUAUUGAACAUAGAAAGACACCAGUUCCUAAAGAGCGUCCUAUACCUGAGCCAGCAUCUCCUAUAUCCAUAGACACAGCAUCUCAGUGUAGUUCUAAAAGUGGCUUAAAUAAAGCUAUACAUAUAGCAGAAGAUGUAAACAGUAGUCAUUCUGAUUCAGAGAGUUCAAUGAUAGCUGAUGAGGAAGAUGUCAAAGUCAAGGUAGAGAACCCUUCCCCUGAACCUAUCAAGCGGGAACCUUCACCUGAACCUGAUCCUGAACCAGAACCGGAACCAGAACCCGAACAGGAACCUGAGGUCGAAAUUGAGCCUGAGCCUGAGCCCGCUGUGGAGGUCCCUCUGGUUCAACAAAAGGAGAAAUCAAAGAAACACAAAGAUAAAUCAAAGCGAGAAGAGAAGCGUCGUAGACGGAAAGCAGUAGAGGAAGAAGACAGUGAAAAUAGGAAAAUUGCUAAAAUUGCUGACUCUGGACCAUCAAAUAAUGAAACUGAGCAUGGGGAAAGUAGUGGUUCAACAUCAAUAGAGACUAAAGUACAGGACAAUGGAGUGUCAAGUAGUCUAGGAGAAGAUGCAGAGCCAGGUGACCUCUCUCCUGACUACAUGGUGCAGCUGAGGGAGCUACAACAACGCAUCAUGAUGAUCAAGAGUAAUGAGGAGUUAGAACGGGUUGUGAAUCUAAUAGCAGAGACAGGAAGGUAUGAAGUGACAACACAAACAUUUGAUUUUGACUUGUGCUUAUUGGACCGUUCAACAGUCCAGCAGUUAAUACAACUUGUGGGUUGCUAGCUACAGAUGUUGGACCUUAUUAGGAAAUGUAAAUAUUGCUUUUAACUAAAAUAUGCACUGAGACAUUGUAUGAUAGGUUUUAAAAUUUUGCUAUUAUGCAAGAAAUAUAGCUCAUAAGUCAUAAAAUAUGUAUCAUGUAGUGAUAUUAAUAGGAGUAAUCUAUUAUAAUCUCAAUUGGCUUUUUUCACAUAAUAUAUUAAAAGGAGUUCAAGUGCAAUAAUGUAUAGGUUAUAUAAAGUUAUAAGACUGUUGAAAGAUUGUUAAAGGUAUUGUAUAUUUUGUACAUUAUAUUGUAUUGAUUUAUUAUAAUGUAAGUUAAUUAUUAAAGAGUUUUUAAUUAACCUCCAGGAGUCUUUGGGACUUAGAGAGGCAACGUUAAUGGUUUUGUAUAAAUUACACUAGUUAUAUAUUACCAACACCAACAAACACAACUUUUUACAAGUUAGUGAUACUUUGCACUUAAUUUUAAACUUUGUUAUAUAAAAUAAUUAUGUCUUAAGCAUAUUAUUAAUUUGUAAGAUUGUUAUUAACUGUACAAUACAUAAUGAACUACAAGCAUUUGAGAUGGAUAGGAUAGAAUCACCAGUGAGGUGUUAUUACCUUUAGAAUCGGCAACAUGUUGUAAAAAGGUCACAAUGGAUUCUUGUCAUGUUUAACAAUGAAUGUGGCUUCAUUCCUUAGGGCUUAGAAGUUGUGCUGUCCUUUUACCUAUGUUUAUAUGGAAAAUGACAGAACUAUAAUAUAUAUAAUAGUCUAAAGACUUAGUUAACAAAUUUAUGUAUAACCAGACUUGUAUUGGGAUCAUUUAUCAAACAAUGUACAAUUACGACACAGAAACUUAAGAAAGAAAACAAUGCUUUAUUGUUUUAAUUCUGUAAAGACCUUAUGUUAAAAACACUAAUGAAACAAUCAAUAAAAACCGAAAAAAUAUUAGAAUACCAAUAACAAAAUAAGGUUGAAGUAAAUUCCACUUAAAUUCUUGCAUCACAUUUUACUAUAGUCAUCUGCAACCCAAAUACGUGUGUAGUACUAUUAUUUAUUGUGAUCAGUAAAAUUAGGAGUUGUUGCAUUCAAUGAGUUUCAUAGAUUGAUAUAAAAAUAUGAGUUAGUCGAAAGUUAACUCAACCAAGUUAAGUACUAACGAAGUACUACGAAAGUAACUUUCGACUAACUCACUUAUAAGGUGACAGUCUGGUGUCAAGGGACUGCUUGAGGCUCUUGAUUUCAUUAACCUGAUGGGGGUUAAUAUUUUGGUGUUGCUAACACCAGCGCCGUUGAUCCCAACGUCCCUAGACCCUAAGCUAAAUAACUUGAGUGUCACAUAAAAACUCUUAAUAUUAGAGAUUAUUAUUAAAUUUAAAAAUAUUAGAAUGGUUCUAUUUUGCGUCUUUCAAUUUACCAGAUGAGUUCUUUUGUUGGACGCUGUACGGUCUUUCUAGUAUUAGUAACAUCUCACUGGCACAAAUAAUAAUUUUUAAGAGUCCUUAAAAACUUCAAAUCAAUAAUUAAUGUAAAUUAA